GGCCUGGUGCAGGAGCUCGUCAAGUCAGAGGCUGCGGAGGCUGAAGAGAUCGCUCGCUUGGAGCGGCUGGCCGCCUUUGAGGCAGACCUGGGCCUACCAAGGAUUCAGUUCUUCGAGCGUGACGGACUGAUCCUCCUGAGCAGGGCCGGCGCGUUGCCGUCGGAAGGCUCGUCCUCGCACAUCAGUGCGAAGGCGCAGUGGGAUGCCACCGGGCGGCUGCUGUGCAUCGAGCCACCGCCGUCGCUUUGUCUGCAGUUUGAAGCCGCGUCUGCAGUGGCUUCAGGGGACCUCGGGCGCCUGCUGGCCUUGAUGUGGGAUCGAGCAUCCCAGUGCCGGCAAGGUCAGCUCGAAGAUGUGGCUCCGUCGUGCUGA